AUGACCAUUUCCUCGGUGCAGACCCUCCUACCGGGGCGUUAUGCAAUCAAUGCAACUGAGAAACGCGCCGAGAAACCUCCCCCGAAGACUUACAGCGUUCAAGAGUUCCCUUUCAAGGGCUACCAACCUCCGCAGCCGGACGGCUUUGAGCAGAGCCGUGCCCACCCCGACACCAGCGCCAUCGUAAUUGACAAUGGCGCCCACCAUGUCAAGGCCGGCUGGUCCUUCGACAAGACACCACGAUUCAUCCAACCUCCCGUCAUGAGCCGCUACCGUGAUCGCAAGCUGGGUCGGCAGUGCCAGUUUAUCGGAUAUGAUGCCUACGCCGAUGCGACAACCCGGGGCCAGAUCCGCUACGGGUUCGAUCCGGGAUCCAGCGUGGUCGGCAACUGGGAUGUUAUGGAAGGUGUUCUGGACUAUGUAUUCCUGAAGCUGGGAGUGGAUGGUGCCAAUGGCGGUGUUGACCGGCCAAUCUUGAUGACUGAACCUGUUGCGAACAUGACAUAUCCACGAAAGAGCAUGAACGAGAUUCUCUUCGAGUGCUACGGUGCACCCUCCGUCGCUUACGGUAUUGACUCGCUUUUUGCCUACCGCUAUAACAAGGGAACGGACGGAUUGAUUGUGUCUUCCUCCCACACCUCUACCCAUGUUAUCCCCGUGCUCAACUCUAAGCCGCUUCUCUCCAACUGCUCGCGACUGAACUGGGGCGGUCUCAACAAUGCCGAGUACCUAAUGAAGCUCUUGAAGUUGAAAUACCCUACAUUCCCCGCCCGCUUGACCGACUACCAGAUGGAGCAACUGGUGCAGCAGCACUGCUACAUCUCACAAGACUAUGACCGCGAGCUGAACGGAUACCUCGAUUGGACCGGACUCGAAGACCGAGACCAUGUCAUCCAAUACCCCUUCACGGAGCAUAUUGUGCAAGAGAAGACGGAAGAGGAGCUGGCCCGGAUUGCAGAGCGCAAGAAGGAGAGCGGUCGUCGACUACAAGAACAAGCGGCUAAGAUGCGACUCGAAAAGCUGGUCAAGAAGGAGCAGGAACUCGAAUAUUGGAAGGAUUUGCAAAGUCGCCUUGCGUCUGAAACUAAGAAGGAAAGUCGCCGACUGCUGGAGGCAGACGAUCUGAAGGAUGAGGUUCAUUUGGAACGCAUGAUUCGUGAUCUAGAAAAGUCCAUCAAGCGCUCGCGCAACAAGGAUCUCGGCAUUGAGGAGAAUGAGGAGCAGCAAGAGGAGAUGACAUUUCCCAUGCUUGAUAUCCCCGACGAGGAGCUCGACGAGGCCGGUUUAAAAGAGAAGCGCCACCAGCGCCUGAUGAAGUCCAACGUCGAGGCGCGCGCCCGUGCCAAGGCUGAGAAGGAGCGUGAGAAGGCCCGAGUAGAAGAGGAAGAACGUCUUGAUCGCGAGAAGCGUGAGAACAAUUUCGAGGAGUGGAUUGAAGAGCGACGCGCCAAUCGUCAGUCCCUUCUCCAAAGAAUCAAGGACCGGGACCGUUUCAAGGCUGACCUUGGUAACCGCAAGUCCCUCGCCAGCCAGAUGCGUAUGAAGACGUUGGCAAAUCUCGCUUCCGACGGUCCCAAGAAACGCCGUCGCGGCGGAGAUGACGACGAUUUCGGUGCCAAUGACGAGGACUGGGGUGUCUACCGAACCGUCGCCAAGGACGAACAAAGCGACGAGGAAGAAGAGGAAGACCUUGGCGGUAUGCUCAACGGUGUCGAGCAAGAGCUGCUCGAGUACGACCCCGACUUUACCGAGAACCACACUUUGGCAGCACAAUCCGACUGGACUAAGAGUCUAGUGCAUGCGUUCCUUCGUGGCCCGUGGCCAUUUGAUCCGGAGAGCCAGCGCGAAGCACACCAGAUUCACCUGAACGUUGAACGGAUCCGCGUGCCGGAAGUUGUCUUCAAGCCGUCCAUUGCUGGUGUUGAUCAAGCUGGUCUGAUCGAGAUCGCCGCCGAUAUUAUUAAUCAACGCUUCUCUAGCACCCAAGACCGCAACCGUCUCCUGCGUGACGUCUUUUUGACCGGUGGCAACACCCUCUUCCACGGCUUUGAGGAUCGUUUCCGCAACGAGCUCCGCGGGGUUAUUCCUGUGGACGCCGAUCUGAUCGUGCGCCAGGCCGCGGAUCCGGUGUUGGAUGCAUGGAAGGGCGCUGCGCAGUGGGCUUCCGGCGGUGACCUCGGCCGGUCAUCUGUAACGCGACAAGACUACAUGGAGAAGGGCAGCGAGUACAUGAAGGAGCACGAUCUGGGCAACGUUACAUGGUGA